AUGUCCGUGGUGGCUUCGGCGGGUACUUCUGGAGUGGUAAUCGUCACACUGCUAGACCGUCAACGGUGCAGCGAGAGCUAUCUCAAAAAGAUCAUUGCAAACAGGGAGGACUACGCCAAGCGUCAUGGCUACACCAACUUCUUCGCGAAAGUCUCAGAUUAUGACGAAGCCGUUGGCGAUGCUCCCAUGAGCUGGGCCGUUGUACCAGCCAUCCGUCAUGCCAUGGCUUCGCAUCCUCACUCGGCAUAUUUCUUCCAUCUCGCGGCUAAUGCUUUGAUCAUGAACCCUACCAAAUCCCUCGAGUCUCAUAUUCUAGGGCAGGGCCAUCUGGAAAGCUUGAUGUUGAAGGAUGUACCCAUUGUGCCGCCAGAUAGUAUCAUUAAGACCUUCGUGCACCAGAAGGAACAGGAUGUGGAUCUUAUCAUCACCCAGGACAGCGAAGAUUUAAACCCGGGAAGCUUCAUUUUGAAGAACGGGGAGUUUGCGCGUUUCUUCCUGGACGUCUGGUUUGACCCGCUUUACCGCAACUUCAACUUUGCUAGGGCGGAAGCCCAUGGACUGGAUCACAUUUUGCAGUGGCACCCAACUGUUCUUGCUCGAACCGCCUUGGUUCCUCAGCGCAUUCUAAGCUCCUAUAGCAAAGACUCGCCGGGUGCUGCUUUGGACGGCACCUACAAGGAUGGUGACCUCGUGAUCCAAUUCCAUGGGUGCGGUGAUGCAGAGGCCCGAGACUGUGCCCGCGAACUAGAGCCGCACUACAGGCUUUGGGAGAAGAAGAAACAGAGAGAUUAA